CCCUGGACUGAGGAAUUUUCUCCUGAGGCUACGUCUAGGGCUCCCUUUCCCUGCCCGGCCUUCCCCGGGCUGGGAGCACGGCUCUGCGACGGACUUUGUGGCGUUUUCCUCCCUUGAGCUGGCGGGUAACCGCCCGAGGGCUGGUACAGAAUGAGUACGUGUCGCUGGUGUACACCAGGUGGUGAGUCCACUGUUGACUUCCUAAAGAGCUAUGCUUUUGGAACACUUCCCUGUGAAGUUCUCACAGCUAAUGAGGACCUCUGUUACUGCUUGGAGUGUGUAGCUGAAUACCACAAAGCAAGAGAUACACUGCCUUCCUUGCAUGAGAUAUUAUGGGAAUUUGAAACCACUCGUCUCAUAAAUCAUUUUGAAAAAUCUAUGAAAGGCGAAAUUGAGGAAGAUGACGAACUAUUUAUAGUUGAUGACAAUGGUGAAACACAACUGUUUGGUUUCACUGGCCAAGACUUCGAAAACAAGCUUCGAGUUCCUCUUCUUGAAAUACUGAAGUAUCCUUAUCUGCUCUUAGAUGAGCAUGUCAAUGAAUUAUGUGUUGAAGCACUUUGUAGGAUGGAGCAAGCUAACUGCUCCUUUCAGGUAUUUGACAAACAUCCAGGGAUCUAUUUGUUCUUGGUACAUCCCAAUGAAAUGGUUCGACGAUGGGCUAUUCUAACAGCCAGAAACUUGGGCAAGGUAGACAGAGAUGAUUACUACGAUUUACAGGAAGUCUUAACUUGCUUGUUUAGAGUUAUUGAGUUGGGGCUUUUAGAAAGUCCAGAUAUUUACACUUCUUCAGAAUUCGAGAAGGGCAAACUUGUCCUUCUGCCAUCUCACAUGUAUGACACAAGUAACUACAAAAAUUACUGGUUAGGAAUCUGUAUGUUGCUAACUAUUCUUGAGGAGCAAGCAAUGGAUUCUUUGUUGCUGGGCUCAGACAAGCAAAAUGAUUUUAUGCAGUCAAUACUUCACACCAUGGAAAAGCAAUCAGAUGAGGAUAGUGUGGAUCCUUUCUGGCCAGCAUUGCAUUGCUUCAUGGUGAUUCUGGAUCGCCUUGGCUCAAAAGUCUGGGGUCAACUUAUUGAUCCCAUUGAAGCAUUCCAGACCAUUAUUAACAAUGUGAGCUACAACAAAGAAAUUCAAAAUAUACGCAAUAGUUCCACAAGGACGAAGUUAGAGCCUGAGUCAGAUUUGGAGGAAAUGGUGACUUGCAGCCAGAUUGUGUACAAUUAUAAUCCCGAAAAGACCAAAAAGGAUUCAGGAUGGAGAUCAGCUAUUUGCCCUGAUUACUGCCCCAACAUGUAUGAAGAAAUGGAAACAUUAGCCAGUGUGCUUCAGUCUGAUAUUGGACAAGACAUGCGUGUUCAUAAUAGCACAUUUCUUUGGUUUAUACCUUUUGUUCAGUCCCUCAUGGAUCUCAAGGAUUUGGGUGUAGCUUACAUAGUAGAGGUUAUUCAUCAUCUGUAUUCAGAAGUCAAAGAUGUCCUCAACCAAAAAGUAGCAGUAUGUGACACAGUCACUGAGUUUUUCCUUCUGAUAUUGGUGUCAGUAAUUGAACUGCAUAGAAAUAAGAACUGUUUGCAUUUGCUGUGGGUUAGUUCUCAGCAGUGGGUAGAAGCAGUAGUGAAAUGUGCUAAACUUCCUACCACAGCAUUUGCACGGAGUGCUGAAAAGACAUCUGGAAGCUACUCCAAAGGAGCAACUGUUAUAUCUUCUAUGCCUUUGCACUCAAUUCCAUCUAAUUCUGUACAGCUUGCUUGUGUGCAGCUGAUCCGAAGUCUUCUUAGGGAAGGUUGCCAGCUUGGACAGCAAACUCUUUGUAAACAAUUCUUAGACAAACUCAACUUGUGUCUGAGGGGAAAUUUGUCCCUUGGUUGGCAUUUAAAUAGUCAGGAGACCCUAGAAUUACAAACAUGUUUGAAACAAAUCAUUAAAAGCAAAAAAGUCAGAGGAUUACCAUGUAGCACUUUUGUGGAUAGGACCAUAACAUGUAAAAACCCCUCUGUAAUUUACACUAAAGAAGAAAGUGAUACAACUAUGGAGAAAUCAAAAAAGGAUACAUGUUCUCAGGACAGUUCUAGUCCAUCAUUUUCUAAAGAACCACCGAGAGCUGAUGUCUGUCAAGGACAAGAGAGUCCAUCUCUAAGAAGAAAUUACAGUUGGGAGGAGGAAAAUAGGCAAACAUACUUAAAGGAGUCAAAACUAGAUGACCAUUUUUCAAAUAAAUCAUGCUCAAAGCAGGAAAAAAACCCUGAUGCUAACAGAUCUCAUAAUCAUGAAAUUUUAGAUAAUGUAGAAAAACAGAAGUGUACUGAAGAGAACAGCUCCACAAAUAUACAACAGAAUUUGGCUUCAGAAAAUAAUGGAGUGGAAGGAGGAUAUGACAGAACAGCAAAUUUUCAGGCAUGUUUGAUGACAACUGACUCUAGAUCUGAUUCUCCUCAAAAUGAAUCAAGCUCAAGUGAUGAUUCCCGUUCAAAGAAUGAUUCUGGCUUUAGGAACUCAAAGUUUAGGAGUAAAGCACAGAAAGAUGAAUUAUGUGCAAAAUUAUUACAGGUAAUGAAGGAACACAAAAAAACCACCAUGGUCGCCAGCGUUAACAAUUUAGAAUCAAAGCAGAGUUCAACCAAUUUGGAGAGUCAUAAUUCAUGCAAAGAUGUGGAUGUUCAGAAAGGGUUUGCCUUAAUACAGAAAACACAGACAGAGCCUUGUAUUAUUCCAGAGGAAACAACAAAUGAAGAGCAAGAAUCAAGAAAUGGUUAUUCAUUGGUUGAAAAGAAAAAGUCAGAUGAUAGACAGCUAGAUCCCUUAACAUUUCAUAAAAAAGAUAACCUACCACAGGAAAGUGAUAGUGAUGAAGAUGAUGAUGAUAUGGUUUCACUUAAAACAAUUAGAAACACCUUAUUGAAAAAGAAAUGUCAGCUUAUACAUCAUACAGAUAGGCAUGAAUCAAAGGACAGUAAUUGUGAGGAAACUAAUAAUGAUAAUGAUUAUGUUCCACAUAAUUUGACAAGAGAAGAAGUGCCUCCUCAGAACUUUAAAUUUAAUACCUUAACAGAUUCUGAAGUAGACAAAGACCUUGAUAUUCCUUUCAUAGUCCAUACCAGUGUUCUUAAUUUCCCUUCAGAUUCAACUCAAGAAAAUUCUUACCAGCUACGGAGAAAAGUGAAAAAUGUUAGGAGUCUUUCUGUAGUUAACGAAAUUACUGAAUUAACCUCUGUUGUGGAGACCACCAGAAAUCAAGUUAUAAUCAUUUCAGAUGAUGAUGAUGAUGAUGGUGAUGGUGAUGAAAGAUCACCAAAUCUUCAGAAACAAAUUAAAACAGAUAAAAUAGGCAUUAAGAGAGAAUUUGCAGAAGAGUAUCCUUCAACUUCUAAUGCCAUUUUGGAAAAGAAACUAGAAAAAGAAGAGAAAACAAAAUCCCCUUUACUUGAUGAGGAAUCUGACUCACAGUUUUUUGAAUUUGAAACUCCAUAUGAAGUAUUUUCUGUUUGGCAAGAUUCUGAACCGGAGAGCAAAAAUUCUGUUCAGGAAAGUGAAUCAGAACAAGAUUCUUUUUUGACUUCAACAGGUAAGAGUGCCAUAGAUGAUCAGACAAAUGAUUGGGAUUAUGAUACUGAUUAUAUAUCUGAUGAAGUUAUUCAAAAGGUAGCAGAAACUCUUGAAGAACGUUUACAGUCACAGUGCGGUGUUUUUCCCAAGGAGAAAUUUCAAAUUGAAUCAAAGAGUAAGAAACAGCUAUCUAAAGCACCUAUGGCUGAAGAUCUUUCAUUAUGUUUAAGAAGUGUAGACAAACCUCAUAUUUGUAUUUCUGGGGAUCUUACUGAAGAGCACACUAAAAAUGUAGAUGAGAAGGAGGAGAAAGAAUCUACAUCCACUCUUUCAGCAUCACCUAAUUUAAAAUUUGAAAUUUCCUCUGAAGAGUCAGGUGAACAGUAUUCUCCUCAGUCUCUUUCCAGUCCAAAACUUAGCGGAAAACCAUCACUUUCUAAAAAUUCAAAGAAAACCAGUAUUAAUCCCCCAAGAAGGCAAAACAAAAAAAUGAAUCAAGCUAGUCCCAAAAAGAUACUUUGUAGAACAGUGCCUGCUGUGAUUCCUCCAAAGAAAUUUCGCCAGUGUCCUGAACCAACUUCAACUGCUGAAAAACUGGGUUUGAAAAAGGGGCCUCGAAAAGCAUUUGAUUUGUCCCAGCGAUCUUUAGAUUACGUAGUGAAGUUACGUGACCAUGGAAAAACUGCAGGUGAAGUUGAUACUCGGCAAAAGAAGAAGACAAAGUUAAUUACUCCUCAGACUCUGGUUGUCAAAAAUAACAAGAAAAUGUUGGCAUGUCAGGAUCUUCAGUUUUUAAGACAGAUGAGACCCAAGUCCCACAGAAACCAACAAGGACUUUCUGCCACUCACAGUAAAGACUGUUCUCCAAAGUCAAUUACAAAACCAGUCCAGAAUUCUGAAACUGUUAUUCAAGCAUCUUCUGGACCCAGUGACAAUUUUAAAGAAAAAAACAAGCAUGCCUCAAGCAAUGAUAAAAAGCAUCAAAGAAAAAGCUCAUUUUCUGAGACAGAAACAGUUAAAGGAAAAAGUCUAUCACCGGUUGCUAAUGACAGUCCUCUUUCUACCAAACAAAGUUGUACAGAAUUAAAUGUUAGAGCAGAAACAAAUGAAGCCAUUGUUUCUACUUCAAAGAGCCCUUUGUCUAACUCAUCUUCUGUUGGAGGUGACCUAACAAGGGUUGUCCAACCCUUAUCUUGUUUUCAUUCUGAGGGAACAACUUUUAGAGAGGCAGACUCUGAUGUUAACAGUGAUACAGAGGAAAAUAAUUUGUUUUUAACACAAUAUGAUCCUGUAGAUAUGGAAUUAAGUUCACAGGUAGAGAGUUUUCAUGACUUUGAAGUUCCUGUUGGAAAAGAUACAGUAGAAAUGGAGGAAGAUUCUAAAAACCUUACUGGGGACAGGGCUUUGAGUAUUAUAAAGUGUAAGCACAAAGAUUGUACUGACAUUGUGGAAAAUCUGGAUGAAUUUUGCUCUAUACAUUCUGAAGCUAAAGUGUCUGAUGACUGUGUUUUUGCUAAACCAGGCUUACCACUUUCACUGUCAAACAAAACUGUAAAGUCUACUACUAAGAUUUUUAGUUCAAGUAGUAAUUCACGAAAUGCUCAUCUUUCUAGAGCUAUAGAAAAUAGUUUAAAACUCCCACCAGCUUCAAAAAAUCAAACAAAUUUGAAAGCCACAACUACGUCAAAAUUAAUGCAACCACUUUCUCCAUUAGUUCAAAAGCCAAUUUCGAAUGAGGGGGAAAAUUUGUCUAACAUUCUUCAACCACAGAAUAUGCAGACUUCUCCAAAUUACUUCAACAGACCUGCUCCACCAAGUCUCCUUGAGAAGAAAAGAACUUUUCAAGCUUCCUCUGUUGCAAAUUUUCCUGUGUGUCAAUCUGUAUUUGACAGCUUUGUUAAGGAGAUUUUAAAAUGGAAGUAUGAAAUGUUUGUAAAUUUUGAUCAGUUUGGGCCUCCAGCAGAUCUUUGCCAGUCGUCCUUAAGAUCUGUUCCUGUCACAUUUCAGGACUCUCAAGACUAUCUAAAUGUUUUUUUCCCUUUGCUGAUGUUGAAUACUUUUGAAACAGUGGCCCAAGAAUGGAUUGACAACCCAAAGAAAGAGAAUGCCUAUAAGCUCCAUUUACGAAGCUUUUCUCCUGGUGACAUAAAUUGUGGGCAGUUUGUGGUUUGUCUUCAGGAGUGUGAUAUGGCUAAACAACUACAUCCAAAGGAAAAUGACUUGGUAUUUUUGGUUCCUAAAAAAUUAAAUGGAAAAAAAAAAGCUGCAGAAGAAAGUGAGAUGAGAGAUCAGCGAGUGUAUCAUUGUGGUUAUGUAUCUCAGUUUCGACGCUCUUCAGUCAGACAUAAUUCACAAUUUGAGGGUUGCCUUUCCAUCCAGACUCAAGGCAAUUUGUCAUUCCACAUAAAUGAAUCAGUAGACUGUAUUGUGAUCAGUUCUUUGGUGACUACGCAACGGAAGUUGAAAGCCUUGUCUCUUUUGGGGAGGAAUUCACUGAUUCCACUGGCCAGGGCAAUUCUGAACCCAAGUACUUCAGACUUUUGUCCUCGAGAUUCACUGAACGAGGCUCCUGAGAGGAUUCUUGCCUACCUGAAAGAAUAUAAUGAAGAUCAGAAAAAAGCAAUUGAAGUUGCAUAUGCCAUGGUAAAGCAACCACCGUUAAUUGCCAAAAUCUGUCUGAUUCAUGGACCCCCUGGAACUGGCAAAUCAAAAACUAUUGUUGGCCUAUUAUAUCGUAUUCUGACAGAGAAACCAAGGAAAGGAGAUUCAGAUGAAAACUUGAAUGCCAAAAUCAAACGAAAUCGUGUUCUUGUAUGUGCACCCUCUAAUGCAGCUGUUGAUGAACUUAUGAAAAAAAUCAUCCUUGAAUUUAAAGAAAAAUGCCAAGACAAGAAGAAUCCCUUGGGAAAUUGUGGAGAUAUAAAUUUAGUGCGACUGGGUCCAGAAAAAUCUAUUAAUAAUGAAGUCCUAAAAUUCAGCUUGGAUAGCCAAGUUAACCACAGAAUGAAAAAGGACUUUCCCAGUCAUGUUCAAGAGAUGCAUGAGAGAAAGGAACAUCUGGAUGUUAAAUUAGACAAGCUUUCUCGCCAGCGUGCUUUGGAUCGAUGUGAAAAGGGGCAGAAGAGAUCAAAUUUAGAUGAGGAAAUUGCCCGAAUUUCCAAAGAAAGGCAGCAGCUCGCUUCUAAAAUUAAAGAGGUUCGAGGACGGCCACAGGAAGCUCAGAGCAGCAUUAUCCUGGAGUCCCAUAUCAUUUGCUGUACACUGAGCACAAGUGGUGGUUUGCUGUUGGAGUCUGCUUUUCGUAGGCAAGGAGGUGUUCCCUUCAGUUGUGUCAUUGUUGAUGAGGCUGGGCAGUCUUGUGAGAUUGAGACACUUACUCCAUUUAUCCAUCGCUGCAACAAACUUGUUCUGGUUGGAGAUCCUAAACAGCUUCCUCCCACGGUCAUUUCUCUGAAAGCACAGGAGCAUGGUUAUGACCAGUCAAUGAUGGCUCGAUUAUACAAACACCUGGAAGAACAGGUGAAACAGAAUGUGAUCAGUAGAUCACCUGUUUUGCAGCUGACAGUUCAAUACAGGAUGCAUCCUGAUAUAUGCCUCUUCCCAUCUAGUUAUAUUUAUAACAGAACUUUGAAAACAAACAGAUUGACUGAAGAGAGCCGAUGUACAUCCGACUGGCCGUUCCAGCCUUACCUUGUGUUUGAUGUAGGAGAUGGUUCAGAGAGACGGGAAAAUGACUCCUAUGUUAAUGUCCAAGAAAUAAAACUAGUAAUGGAAUUAAUUAAGCUGAUCAAAGACAAAAGAAAGGAUAUUACUAUACGUAACAUCGGUAUAAUCACACAUUACAAAGCACAAAAGAUGAUGAUUCAACAGGAAUUGGACAAAGAAUUUGAAAGAAACAGACCAGGGGAAGUUGACACUGUGGAUGCAUUCCAGGGUCGUCAGAAGGAUUGUGUUAUUGUUACAUGUGUCAGAGCAAAUACUUCACAAGGCUCAAUUGGGUUUCUGGCAAGUUUGCAAAGAUUGAAUGUAACCAUUACUCGAGCCAAAUAUAGUCUGUUUAUCCUUGGACAUUUGAGGACAUUAAUGGAAAAUGAACAUUGGAAUCACCUAAUUCAAGAUGCUCAGAAACGAGGUGCCAUUAUUAGGACCUGUGGCAAGAAUUAUAAGCAUGAUGCAGUGAAAAUUUUGAAACUCAAAUCUGUGCCACAGCGAAACCUAGCACACCCUCCCACUGUAGUGCCAGAAGUCAUUAGAUCCCAGAAUAGUUUACCCAGCAAUAAGCCAGAAGAAGUGAUGAACAAACCUAACAGUGGUAUUUCUAAGACCACUUCUGUUGCUUCUCCACGGCACAGCAGCACUUCCUUGUUACCUGCUGACAUUCAGCCCUUUGACUGCAGCGAAGCUACAGUUGGUACAAAAGCUGCUGAAGUACCUAUUGUCCGGGACCCAAGACUAGCCAAGAGAAAUGAUCGUGAUGCCACUGAGAAGUUCCCAAAUGAUGCACAACCAUCCAGUAUCCAGCAUCCAAGAGUGACAGCACCUACAUAUGAACCUGGCCUUCCUUUAACUCACCAGGACCCCAAUAAUAUCAGAGAGCACCUUUUUUCAGAAGUAACAGCUUCCAGCAGUUGCAACCUGACAGCACAACUUGAAGCUCCCUCUGCAAGUAUCUCCAUGCGCACAAACAAAAGAAAAUCCAGUGAAGAGGAAGGAUCUGGCUACAGAAGAGAAGUGUUAUCUUCCGGAGAAGAACAACAAGAAAAGCAUGGGUAUAAGAAAGACUAUCAUUUAGACAGGGACUAUUGCUUGGAUAGGAGGAGAAAAGAAAACCAGGACAGUCAUUCAAAAAGAAGAAAACUUUCAUAGCUUAGGUCUUGAGUCUCAGUGACAGGCAACAUUUACCAAAAAAAAAUAUUUAUUAUAAGAAAUGCAGCUUUGGGUGCUCAGUUAAUAAGAAUAGAGAUGUUAAUUUAUUUUUAAAUUUGGGGCCAUUCAUUUCCCCCAGAACAUGGAAGAUUGUAUACUCUCAUUUAAACUUAUUUUCUAUUGGUAAUCUUUACAAAUGAGUAUGUUUUUCUGUCUCGGAUUUCAGAGGACUUUUGUGCAUUAAUGAUAGUGUCCUUAGAGCCAGAUAAAUGAAAUGUUGUUCUGUUGUUCUUCCUUUGUAGAAAAGGAAACCAGACUUGGACAAACAUUGUAAAUGUAGAGAUGUACAUUUGUAUAGGAAACGACAAAACCUUUUUAAGAUUUAAUCUUGUUGAUUUUUUGCCUUUUCUUUCUCCCUAGCCCAAAAUGUUUGCUCACUUUUCAGCAGAGCAAACUCAUCUUUAAAAGUGGGGGUCAAGGGGAGGGGCACCUCUAGUGCUGUUGUAAGCCUGAUUUCUUUCACGACAUAAGUUGUUUGGAAAAAGCUGAGUUGGUGAUAGUGGGUCAGAUGUCUCUAGUUCUAUUUUAAAAGCUGACUGUCCUCAUGGGGAAGCUUUGGGGAAAGCAUUUGGUUUAAAUGGAAUUCUGCUUAUCUUGUACAUUUUUAAACAAGGCCCUUUGCACAAGAUGUUUGGUUUCUGCAAGGGCUUAUCCACCUGUUUUUAUUAAACCCAUAACCACCCCAAAUUUUCUCUUUCUUGGCAGUAUUACACAACUAACCUAGAAGCAGUGAGAUAGUAUAGAUUGAAGGUAAUGCUUUAAACAGGGAAUAAAUGGUGGAAGUGGAUGAUCUCAAAACAUCGUUAAAAACCACAAGAGAAAUAAAAAGAAACUGAAUACUUC